GGGUGCCCGACGACUUUGACGAGGAUACGCACGCAGCUGUCAGUAGGAAAUGCGGGCUGCGGGUGUUGGAUGUGCCCCCGCUGCGGUGCUUGGAUAAAUCAAACAAAGAAAGACCUUUUUUGUCUCGGAAUGAAAACUGCGAUUUGACCGAUUGAACUGGGCGAGAAUGGUCGCAGCAAGUCCGCAUGUCUGUGGGAUGUAAGCGACAUAGUCAGCGAGCUAGCCAGGCUAACAGACCAUCAGCGCUAAUGCUAGUUGUUACAUUAAGCUAAAAUAAGCUAACGUAGCUAGCUGGUAACUUAGCUAACUAGCUCGUCGAUUGCAGGACGUUUGCUCUUCCAGGUCCUCGCCUAGUUCAGCGGUUCCUGUCCCGGUCUCCCUUUCUUCGCGUUUUUUUUUCAUUUUACGGAGGAGGUUGUGGAACCGGAGCUGUGGCGGGGGGACGUGCGGAUAGCAACCCCCUGGCUAUCCAGGCGGACGGAUUACAGUGACACGCCGGUUGUGGGAGAGAUCAGAGUGGAACCAUGGCUGAGCUUUCCACCCUGUCCCCAUCACCUCCUGCACUGGGUGAGCCUCACACAGCUCCAUCCAUCCCUCCGUCCUCAUCAGCACUCCCUGAUCCCAACAUCCCCAUUCCAGAGUCAGCCAGGCAGAUACCGGUGCCCAAGUCUUCCCUCUACAAUGACAAAGCGUUGACUGGAAAGUCUGCUGCAGCACAGUUGGGAGGUUCAUCCUUGAAUCCCUGCUCACCAUCGAGUCCCCCUGAGCUCACUGCUGAGACCCCCCCCACAUUACCAGGACAAGACCCUGCUCCACAGAGAGAGGAAUCAGCAGGUAAAGAUGCAGAGACUGGAACUCUUGUUGUUAAGCAGGAGACGACGACUGGUGACCCAGCAGCUGCAGGGCCCUUAAAUACUGAAACAGAGACUCCAGUACUGUCAAGACAGCAGGCAUCCCCCUCUCCCGAGCUCAAUCCUGGUCCUAAUCUUUACCCCAAUGUACAUGUCACCCACAGUCCACAUCCAGUCAUGGAUGAUGGUCAGUUUACAGCAGGCCAAGCCCAAGCCACUGUUACUUCCAGUCCCACACCUGCUCCUCCCGAAACAGCAGCAGCAGCAGCAUCUGAGGAGGAGAAACCUCAGCCACCUCAACAAGCACAAAACCCUCAAAGUCAGCCUCCUCCCCUCUCCCCAAAGCCUGAUACUCCCAGUGAAGAACAGAAAGCUGAACUGCCCACCACCCCCACCAGAGCUGAACAUCCCAGCCCUACUGUCCCAAUGAUCCACGAGCCAGUCUCUGUUUUCCCGCUGCCCAACCCCCGGCCGGCCCCUGACACCCUCAGCUAUCUGGAGUCAGCCAGCCUGAUGUCAGGAACGCUGGAGUCUUUAUCUGGGCUGGGAGAGGAUGGCAGCUCUGUGGGAUCAGACUCCGAGAUCAACGGCAUGGCUGUCAGACGGACUGAUAAAUAUGGCUUCCUAGGUGGGAGUCAGUACAGUGAAAGUGGUGAAAAGGACGUCCGAGUUGAAGUGGCCAGACAGAGGGAGGUAAAAUGGCUUGACAUGUUCCACCACUGGGAUAAGUGGAUUAAACAUCGCUUCCAGAAGGUGAAGUUGCGCUGCAGGAAGGGGAUUCCAUCUUCUCUAAGAGCCAGAGCUUGGCAGUUGCUGUCCAACAGCCAGGAGCUCCUACAAGCAAACCCUGGAAAAUUUGAGGAGCUGGAGAGGGAGCAGGGAGAAGCCAAAUGGCUGGACAUUAUAGAGAAGGAUCUCCACAGACAGUUUCCCUUCCAUGAGAUGUUUGCUGCUCGCGGUGGCCACGGGCAACAGGAUCUGUACCGGAUCCUGAAGGCCUACACCAUCUACCGACCUGAUGAGGGUUACUGCCAGGCCCAGGCUCCAGUGGCUGCUGUGCUGCUCAUGCAUAUGCCUGCUGAGCAAGCUUUUUGGUGCCUCGUCCAGAUAUGUGAGAAGUACCUUCCCGGCUACUACAGUGCUGGGCUGGAAGCGAUCCAGCUGGAUGGCGAGAUCUUCUUCUCCCUGUUGCGGCGCACUUGUCCAAUGGCGUACCGUCAUCUGAAGAAGUUUAAGAUUGACCCGAUUCUCUACAUGACUGAGUGGUUCAUGUGUGUCUUCUCCCGCACCUUACCAUGGGCCUGUGUGCUGCGUGUGUGGGACAUGUUCUUCUGUGAAGGGGUGAAGAUAGUGUUUCGCGUGGGCCUGGUGCUAUUGAAACAGAUGCUCGGUUCUGUGGAUAAACUUCGGGAACUGCAGGGCAUGUAUGAAACCAUGGAGCGUCUAAGGAACAUCUCGCCCGACACUAUCAGAGAGGACUUAUUGGUACAGGAGGUUAUCACGCUGCCAGUGACGGAGGCGCUCAUAGAGAGGGAGUGCAGCAUACAGGUGAGGAAGUGGAGGGAGUCCAGAGGGGAGCUGACCCACCAGCCAGGCCGUCGCCUCCACGGCACCAGGGCCAUCUACGAGUACAAACGCCGUGCCGCUGCCAUCAGUUCCGGCGGCAGCUUCUCUUUCCUGGGAAGUCCGAUCCCUCCGCCAGGACCCCUCAGGGCUUCUUCCAGCCUCCUCUCACUCCCUGGCUUCCGGAAGUCCAAGGCUCCUUUCCACUCCCAGACAAAGAAGGGCUCAUUCUCAGGGCCAUCAGGAAUGGAGGGCCUGUCGCAUCACUUCCCACCUGCAGUGACAUCAAGCCCAGCACGAGGCCCCAGCCAUAAACCACCCAUUCCUCCGGGGGGAGCUCAGAAGGCCCCGACACCACAUGUUCAGAGCCCCCUAAUUGGGGCUGCGGGUAGCUCCUCAAGUGAGCCCGCUCAGGCCUCAGAAGGCGCCUCGGUGCAGGGUCAGCCUGCUGCUUCGGCCCCGACGCAAAGCACAGCACCACCAGCCAGCACUCUCGCCCUGUCCCCUAAGAUCGUCUCCGAGCAAAUUACUCCCACUAUCCCGUCUCCGACCGCGAACAACUCCCCUCUGCUGCCGUGUCCCGAUUCAAAAACGGAGGCUUCGCCCGCAGCUGAUGCCACAACAGGAGAGGAAGAGGGAAAGAAGAAGAAGAAGAGCAAAGAAGACAAGAGGAAGGAAAAGGAAGAUGAGAAGAAAAAGCUCAGAGAAAAGAAAGAAAAGGAAAAGGCUGAAAAGGAGAGGCUCAAGAAGGAGAAAGAGAGGCUGGAAAAGGAGAAGAAGAAAGGGGGGAAGAAAAAGGACAAAGGGGGAGGAGAAGCUGAGGACAAAAAUGGAGCUACAGCGGCGAGAGAUUCGGCCUAGUUUUCCCACCCGUCAUUCUAGGAUAAUGAAAAGGGACACUGAACAACAAAAACAAACAAAAAAAAGAGGUUAGGGGAACAAAAGACCCCCAGAAACAGAAAGAGUGAUUAAUAAAAAAAAAUGGGAUGGCUUCCUGCAUCAUUUCAAAGACUGAAUAUAGUCCCAGGACUAUAGUGGAGAAAACUGGAUCCCGGUUUUAAUAGCACCUCGGGGGGGAUUUUUGCCCCUCACUCAGUGUUUUCUUUUUCACCGAGUUUUAGUAAGAUGGGACAAAUAUCCUUUUUUCAACUGGAGCAUGGACUGUGAAUAAUUUCAGUCAUUAUCUCUUUUUAGUUUUUUAAUUUUUUGUCCUUUUAUUUUUAUUAUUUUAAUGGGGUUGAUGGCAGUGGUUAGAGAAACUUUCAGCUCAAGGGAUUAUCGGACUGAAGGUUUGCAGAUGACGUUAUGGUGCCAUAGAGUCUGUAAAUAAAGAGUCUACCUACAGUGCGUAGCAUCCCGUUAGCGCUCCGUAAGUUCUCCCAUUAGUUCUCACCUGUGGUUAACUGGAUGCCUGGAACCAAACUAAAAAGAAAAACACCUACGAAAUCGUCUCAAACGCAGGCACUGAAGGCAGAAAUGCUCGUCGUGUUGUUGAGGAUGUAUUUAUUGUCAUGUUAAAUGUUGUGAGUGAGUGUGUGCCUUAGUAGUCUAGUGAAACGUCUUGCUGUUCUACGUGCGCUCUCCGUGUUCUCAUUCUGCCUGCUUUUUUCUUUUGUUUUCAAAAAAUCCUCUAGAGUCACAAACUAUCAUUGAUUCGUGUUGUGGUUCUCCACAUAUUCUUCUGUCACUGGGAUUAAUAUGAUGGGGGCGAAAAUGGCAGGAACGUCCACAGACGAAAAGAGGUUAGAAACACAACCAGGCGCCGUUUUAUGAUGAGAGCUUUUUAUUGUUUGUAUUUCAGGCAGGUGAGGUCGACAAACCGGUCAUACCUGCAAAAAAUUAGUUUUGUUUUGCUUUUGACGAGCAAAAUCCUACACGUGUGUUUUUAUUUAGCCAAAUUUCAGUAUGGGCAAGAUUAACCCAUUAGAAUGUGAUUUCAAGUAUCUUAAGAGAAUGAAGGAUGAUUUUUGCACUUGUGAUUUUGUCACAAAGCACCGCUGAAGUCGACCACUCCGAUAGUGUAGUGACGUAGGAGACAAAGAGUCCCGACGGGCCGGUUUUCGUUUGAAAUGUGGGCCCCGUGGGAGCCUAUAGGAAGCCACUUGACUGGAAGUGCCAGGUGUGCCAAUGAAACAUUAACCUCUGAUCUUAGACCUUCGGGCUCUUAUGUAUUUAUGUACAAAGUGGUUAAUUUAAUCAAAUAUAGUAUAUUAUGAAUUCUUAUUAUUUUGGAUCUGACUAUUUUUCUAUGUGAGUAAGAGACACCUGGUUGACUGGAACGAUGGCUGGCUACACACAGUGUAGUUGCAGGGGGAUCAUGUACGAGUUUGUUUUUAAUUUUAGUUUUUUCCUUUGCACGCUUUGCAGUCCUCUGCUUUUACACAGCAAAUUCAAUGCAUGUCUUUGCUAUUAUUUAAAUUUACCGUCAUCGUUGGUUCGGUCAGCUCUAGGUUCACGAUUCUCCGGGUUACUGAAGUGCAGUGUUAGACAGACUUGAGUAGGAAAAUGGGCAUCCAGUGGAGCAAAAAAAAUAAUAAAAACAUAAUAAAAAAAAGCGAGAUGAGUGACUCAGACAGAAGUUUUGGGAGCUGAAGGUCUUAAUUGUACUGUAUAAUAAUAUACUAUGAGGUGAUUUAUGGGAUUUGAAUAGUUAAUUUGAGAUCUUAAGUAUGUCUGUCUCACCCAGUUGUGUUGUAACAUUCAUAUUAACUUAUGAACUAACUCCCUACCUAUUUACACUCAGUGUUCUGUACUGUAAAAUAUUUAUGCAUACAUUAAACUGCACUGAACCCCAUCAGUAUACGAUGAAUAGUGGCAGGUAGUUAGCGUAAAACCAUUUGAUGACUAAUUAAAACAUAGAUGCUCUUUAACUGUACUGUUUUUGCAGCUGAGGAUCAGAGGGACUUUCAUGUGACUGUAGCCGACGUGUCCUCCGUGCUUCUUGUUUUUGACUUAUUCCAGGUCCAUACAUGAGUAUCGCACACUUCCUGCCACCUCUGUUUGGACUCCAGACUAGUGUAGUGUUAGUGAGGAUAAACUGAACACAUCUAUGCAAACCAUCCUCCGUUGUGACUGUUGGAAGUGCGUGGCGGCGGCAGCACGGAUCGUCACCAUCAGAUAACCGAGUUUGUGCUUCAGAAGGUCGUUUUCUGAGCACGCUGUCAGGCCCGCGGACUUGGAUGUUUUCUCAGCAAUACGUCCUCGCAGCUCUUGACGAUAACGUCAUUUGUCUUUGUUCAGAGGGCUCGGGAUGUCGUGAAGAUCAAAUCGAUCUGUCGCUACCUUGCGGCGUCCCCCCAUGGAAUCAGCACUUAACCUCUGCAGCACUGAGGACGAAUCGAGAGAUCCGUUGCUGCAGGUCCUUUUGUGCAUUUCUACAUCGAUCCUUAAAAUCGUCGUCCUUGAUUUCGUUUGAUUGGGAAUGACUGUACUGAUGCAAAUAUUUAAAAGAAGCGUCUCGGCUGUUUUUCUCCCCGUGCCGUUAUGUCUUUCGUGUUUUUAAGUUUACAAGUCACUCUCUCUCUCUCUCUGGCGAAAGUGAAGUAAAAUCAUAGCUAAUUGAAUUCAUUCCUUCAGAUCUACAACUGAUGUAUUUAAUUGAUGAUGAUAAUGACAUUUGUGAUGAGUAAUAAACCAUAAUAUAUUAAAUCAU